CAUAGCUUUCGCCUUGGUAGACAGCCAGCAGUUCGACUGCAUCUUGAGCCAAUCGGAUUCGUGACGCACAGCUGCAGGCAGCCAUCAGCACCACUAAGACGCCGUCUUGUUGCGGCGCACGCAGGCGAUCCGUCCAAACGAUUGGUACGGACUUUUGAACAACGCGGAACUACCAGUGCCCCUAGUCGGCCCCUCACGACACGGACCCUCAUGAUAAAUGGAUGCUGAUAACGACGCAAGAGCUGCUGCCCCGUCCGCUUCUGCAGCCACUGGCUCGACUGCUGGCGACAUCCCUCUUGCACCAGCACGAACCACCUCCUCCAGAAUUGGCUUGCGGGUUCGACGCCUGUCGACAAACGAACGGAUAAAUGAGAUUCUAGAGACAGGUCGAGAUCGCGCUGAAGGCAUGGGUUCCGAUCCCGCAUCGAUUCUAAAACGCCAGGCGAGCCGGAAGGCUCUCGAUGAAGAGGACGAUGAAACAACGGGUCUGGCUGGUCGAAGCUCUGGGCAAAACUACAUGUCCAUGAAUGCCCGUCGAACUGGUGCCGCAGCGCAGUCUGUACAUAGCGGCGGACGAGCGGGAUCUACUGCGGUAGCUGAUGACAGCGCUGCGAACAGAGCCACCAACAAGGCUUGGUGGACCCAAUUCCGGUCCAUUGAGCUGGAGAAUAAGGGCAGUGUGGCAAGAGACCAUCUUGCGCUAGAGCGAACAUUCCUUGCCUGGCUGCGAACGUCUUUGGCGUUUGCUUCAAUUGGAAUUGCAGUUACUCAACUCUUCCGUCUCAACAAGUCACUUCAAGAGGGCGGCGACGACACGAAUAAUGGCACACUGCGCAGGUUGGGAAAGCCUCUUGGUGCGGGCUUCUUAGGAAUUAGCAUUCUGAUUCUGCUCCUUGGGUUCAAGCGGUACUUUCAUGGGCAGAAGUGGAUUAUCGAAGGCAAAUUCCCUGCCAGUCGAGGCACCAUUAUCUUGGUUGCGCUGCUUGGAAUGGCCAUUAUGUUAGUAUCCUUGGUUGUCGUCAUUGUCAUCCAUCCGUCGGAUGAAGACCUGUAGUUCACGUUUUGUUUGAUUUUGGCUAUUUUUGAGUUUGGAAACUUGUACAGAUAUCUAGAGAAAACUUAUACCCCUAUUUUAACUAAAAUGAUAUUUCUUGCAAACUUGCAAAG